AUGAUGGCCGAAGAAGCCAAGAAAGCCAAGGAGGCAAAGGAGGCCAAGGAGGGUGAAGAAGGUGAAGAGGCAGCAGCUGAGGCUACUGAAGAGCCGGCGGCGGAAGAGACAGAGGCAAAGGAUGCAGAGAUGAAAGAGGAGGAACCAAAAGCAGAGGAGCCCAAGGCCGAAGAGGAAGACCUGGGCGAUGAGCCACCGCAGGUUGAGUUGACAGAGGAGGAAGAGAAGCAGAACUUCAUCAAGGGCUCCAUUCCAGACGUGUCCCCGGCGGUGCUGGCAAAGGCCUUCGCCAGCUUUACGGUGCCGGAGAAGAGCGAGGGCUUCGAUGAGGUAAACUAUGAAUGGCAAGGCGCGGCCGAAAGUAAGGAAUAUCUCCGGAAGUGGGUGCUAGAGACGAAGCUCACUACCCGCAUCGAGGACUUGCAACCAUCCAAUGACUUCAAAGAGAAGUACUCUGCCUGGCAGAAAGCCUUGACGGAGCUCCAGACGAAGCAGAAGGCCUGGAAGUCGGGUGGGAAGAAGGACGGCUCCAAGGAGGGAGGCGCUGUUGAUAUCUUCUCCGUCGAGGACAUCAACGACAUCGGCGGAGGUGAACCUCUCUACUCCAACUUUGAAGCGGAGGACUGGGCGAUGCUGCAGUUGCGCUACGAGUUCUUCUUGCUGCAAGAUGCCUUCAUCAAGGAUGUGAACGAUGAAGACAGGACAGCCAUUCCUGAGGCCCACUUGGCGUUCUACUAUCAAAAAUACUUCAAGAAGGCCAUCAACACCAAGCAGUUCAGCCUCAGCGAUGUGCCUGAGCUGCUGAAUCUCAUCAAGGACACUGUGGCGAUUGAUGAGGAGACUAAGAUGUUCACCAAAGUUUUGGAGGACGCGGAGUCCCUGGACAUUUUGGUCAAAUGCACCGAGGAAAGUCGAAAGGAGCGAAAGCGUCGCAUCGAUGCCGGAGAUGAAACCGCGCGAUUGAAGUUCUUGUCCCACAAUCCUGCGCCAGCUCCGGUCCCAGCCGCGGUGCCCCCGGCGCCAGCCGCUGUGGGCUUGCAGAAGGGGAAAGGGAAGGCCAUGGGCAAAGGAAAGCCGAUGAAGGGCAUGAUGGGCAAGUGUCACUGGAACUGUGAAGGGGCUGUGGAGUUAGGUGUUCGAAUGCUGCGUUUGGCGGUGAAGAGAGACAGUCGCAUCGCGCAACGCGAUGCCCGGACCAAACGGAGCGUUUCCGAGGCAGCGAUUUCCACUGAGAAAGCAUAUUUGAUUUGCGACUCCAGGUCAAAAGGCUUUCCGAUUCGACAUGUGAGCAAAGGAUUUGAGGCAUUCUUCGGAUGCAAUGCAGCGGAAUGUGUGGGAAGCAGCUGCAGUCACAUAGUCAGUGGCAGGGGAUUUGAGCACUCAGCUGCAGCCGCGCUGAACAAGGUGGCUGGAGCUGGGAUUGAUGUGGAGACGAGUAUUGAUCGGAUGUCGUCGGCGGCAGAGAAGGCCGUGCAAAGCGCGGCUAAAGGUGGCUCGAUGCCGGUGAUUCUGAUUAGUGUGGUGAAGCAUACCGGAGACCUUUGCGUCUGCGAACUGUCUAUGUGCAAACAAAAUCACCCGACGUUAGGUUGGUCUUAUCAUGCGGCGCUACUGAAAGAUGUCUCUGGUGCCGUCUCCGUGACGAAGCUGUUCAAAUCAGCGCAGACGGAGCAAUCUUAUGAAGAACUGUGCUCUGAAUGGAGACAAGCCAGCAGAGGUGCCUUGGGUGACCCGGCUCCGCUAAGUGGCGAUCUCAGCGAUGAGCUAAAUGCUGUGGCCGAGCAACUCUGGAAGGAUGAGUUGGCCAAGGGCAUCAAGCCGAAAGCCAGUGCCGUGGAGACAAAGGAGGGGAUGUUGUAA